CUCUGCAGGCGGAAGUGAUUUAGGGCUUACAGCUGACAUAAACAUGGAGAACUGCAGAGAGGAUCAGGGGCCUGGAUGGGGGAGAGAGAACAGGAGACCGAACCCCAGAGAUGCUGAAAAAAGGAAAGGCAGGAAGAGACAGCGCAAGGAAAAGAUGCACCCAGCAGGAGACAGCACCGGGCAGAGCCCCAACCCUCAGUCACCUUCCCAGAAUGGAGAAGUUAAUUUCCACUCGCUGAUGGAAGAUAUUACCUGCUCCGUGUGCCUGGAACAGCUGCAGGACCCGGUGUAUAUUGCCUGCGGACACACCUUCUGCAGAAGCUGCAUUUCUAUUCACUGGCUCAACCCCCAGCCCCAGGGAUUCCUGUGCCCAGAGUGCCGGGCGGUGUGCCCAAGAACUCUUAUACCCGACUACAGACUGGGAAACCUCAUCUCCAAAAUACAACAGGGAGUGCAUGAAAAGCAUAUAAAAGAGGAGAGUCCUGAAUACACCGAUAACGAAUACCCUGUUCAGCUUGUGUGGACAGACCGGGAUGGGUUUCUGCAUUUAGACGAGUCCACGGUGUAUGAUUGCUUCCUGGGCAGCGAGAGCACAUUCUACCCUGUCUUUCUGCUGUGUAUAAUUGGGGAGAAGCGUCGGGGAAAGUCUUUCCUUCUGAACUACAUCAUGAGAGCCUUACGGAGUCAGGAAAGGGGUGAGGGUACUAACCUGGGAGAGGAGGAAGAGCCUCUGCAGGGCUUCGAGUGGACGUCUGGGACUAACAGUACCACUAAAGGAAUAUGGAUCUGGAAACGGCCGUUCAUUCUGGACCAUGAUGGACAGAAGAUAGCUGUGUAUGUUCUGGAUACAGAGGGCUCACUGGAUACUGAGGGCGACAGGGAGACCUGCAUCCGGCUGUCUGCAUUAUCCAUGCUGCUGAGCUCCCACUUGAUUUUUAAUGUGACCAUGAACCUCAAGGAGACGGAGCUGGAUUACCUGGAGAUGUACCUGAAUAUGGGGGAGGAGUGUGGAACGCAGCAUCUACAGUAUCUAGAUAUCCUGGUGCGUGACUGGCAUGACUCCAUGGAUUGCAGUAAAGAAGCUGCCCGAUGUUAUAUCAACCGGGAGAUUGAGAAACUUCAAAAAGGUAACAAAUACCCCAAGGUUUUAAAGGAACUGAAAAGAAUGCAUACUCACUGUAAUCUGCUGCCUCAUCCGGGAAAGGGGAUAACGCGCUCAGGACAAGGGAGGCUGAAAGAUAUGGAUGAAGACUUUAAGGAAUGCCUGCGUACAUACGUAUCAGAUGUGGUUACUAGUGUCUGGCAGCGUGUCAAGUAUGAUGAAAGUGGAGUCGUUCUUACCUCGACCUACAUUCCCGUCAUGCUACAGGAGUUUGUGGAAAUCCUCCAGAAGAAUAAAUAUGGCUUCUCGUCUCCAAUGGAGGCACGUGAAAGUUUGCCUAUGAAGACUGAAAGUGAAACUACCCCAUCAGAGCAGAAGCCUUCUUUCUCAGCAGUGCCAUCAGCUGUGGGCAGCAGCGAGGAGCAACCUGGCCCUAGCAGCGAAAUGUUCAUCCUACCCAGAAAAAUAAAGCGAGAGACAACAGAGACACAGCACGUAGAAUUAGAAAUGUUUGGAUCAAGAGUUGAACUCCCAUCUUGCUCACGUAGACUUUCCGUUAGGGACCCAUAUAGCAGCAACACUUCCAGCUCCAGUGCCGCAACAACUGCUAGUGGCGUCUUUCCAACUAACAUAUCUGCCACUUCUGUCGCCACAAUCACCAGCAAUGUUCUGUUGUUCACAACUCCCCAGAGUCAUCAGCAGCAGGUUCUCAGUUUUGAGACGGUUUCCUCCCCUACAUGUGAUAACACUACCAGUAGCAGCAACAUCAACACCAGUGGCAUUGCAGUGCAGGAGCAAAGCAUUAAUACCUACUCAGUUUCACGACGAGUAGCAGCUGGCAUAGAGCGCCGUAGUAAAGUGUGGGAUCAUUUUGAAAGUGUGGGAGAUGGUAGCAGUGCAAGGUGCAAGUUGUGUGGUAAGGAAGUCAGUCGGGGGAAAGUAAUGGGACAUUUCACCAGUUCUGGGAUGAACCAACAUCUACGCACACACCACAGAGCGGUUUUGCUUCAGGAGACAAGUGGUGGCACUGGUAGUAACAACCGCAGUACCACAGCACCCACCGUCACCACUAGCAGUGGCAUUAGUAGUCAGGGCAAAAGAUGUGUUGAAGCUUUAGCUGCCUCUAGUGUUAAUAGAGCAGUUUCCAUGAAACAGGUGAGGCAAGGACAUCAGUCCACCCUUGAACAAUUUGGGGCUUUCAAUUCAAGGGGUAUGUCCAAGCAGCAGUCAAACAAGUUGACACAGUUGAUUGGUCAGCUGAUUGCUGUUGGAGGUGCUCCCUUCUCUAUGAUAGAGGGAGAGCCCUUCAGGCAGCUGUUAGAGGCUGUUGUUCCCCAGUACCACUUACCUUCUUGCUCCACCAUUAAAAGGAAUGCAAUACUAUCACUCUAUCAUUCCUGUGUAGCACUGUUGAAAGAAGAGCUGUCUAAGGCUGCUGGACAGAGUGUGCACUUCACAUCUGACAUAUGGGUUGCCCCUACCGUACAACAUGCCUUUCUGUCUCUUACAGCACACUGGUGGCAACCCAAAGUCUCAGGGGAGGGAGCUACUGGUGCUGCUGCAGGAACAUCACAUGAUGAGAGGGUUGGAAAUGGAUCAAGGGUGCCUCUAAGAUAUCGCUCUUUUCUCCUUCAUGCUAAGGUUAUGGAUCAGAAGUAUAACUCAGCUCACAUUUUAGCAGCACAUAGGAAUAUGCUGGCACAGUGGGUUGGACAACAGGCAGGCACAUCUGUUAAAAUGGGUUUUGUGGUGACCAAAAGGGAAGCAAACAUGGUGAAAGCAUUAAGAGAUGGUAACUUUGAGGUUUUACCAUGUGCAGCACAUAUUCUCCAUCAGGUGGUAAGGUCUGCCCUUCCAUCUGAAGGUCAUGGAGGGCUGGCCAGCAUUAUUGAACGUUGUCGUAAAAUUGCUGGAUAUGUCCACCAAAGUGUAAAGGCAAGCAAACUACUGAGGGAGGAGCUAGAAAGAGCAGGUCUACCCCAGCACCAUCUACAACAAGAUGUGGCCACUCUGUGGAACUCUACCUUGGAGAUGCUAGAACAGAUCCUGGAGCAGCAGCAAGCCCUUCAAUCCAUGUAUUCCAAGCAGAACAUUGGGGUGACAUGUCCACUGGGUAGAGACGAAUGGACAACAAUAGGGCAUGUUGUGACAGUCCUCAAGCCAUUCAAGGCUGUCACUGAAUAUUUAAGCCAAGCCACUGCCAGUCUGGGUCAGGUUAUCCCCUUAUUUACUCACCUGAUAAAUAAAAUGAACACUUUCCUGGACAACAGUGAGGCUUUAUUCGGCAAUGGGGUAUGUGUAGAAGUUACUACCCUCAUCAUGAAUCUGAAGGAAGAGCUAAAAAUGCACUUGCACAGCCUUGUAGAAAACAACCCACAGUUCAUGCUGGCCACCUUAUGUGACCCAAGGAUAAAGGACACGCUGGCACACAGGAGUAACACCCUGCCUACUUGGAGGGAGAAACUUAUCCACAUGGUUCAUGAGCUGCAGCGGAAGAGAGGGAUGCUAAGGGAGGAAGAGGUGCAGGAGUUGGGCUUACCUGAGGAAGCUCCCUGCAGUAGCAACCAGAGCUCUGUCCAAAAGUCUUCCUCCCAAUCCUCAGAAAAUGUCCAUGGACACUGUGCAACCCAAGAAAGCAGAGCAUCAUCAUUUUGGGCAGAGGCCCUUAACUUUUUGGUUGGAAACGAUGCCCAAAAACCUGACAGUAGUGCCUCAGAAAUGGUUAAAGCCUACCUCUCAGAACCUCCAGUGCCACCAAAUGCUGACCCCUUAACUUACUGGGAUCGGAAAAAUAGCGUCUGGCCUGCCCUCUCCUUGGUUGCCCAGGAGCUUCUUUCAUGCCCACCCAGCAGCAUCCAAAGUGAGAACGUUUUCUCUAUUACAGGCAAUAUCCUUGAUCCUCAGCAUGAGCAUUUCUCCCCACACCUGGUUGAGCAGAUGGCCAUCUUAAAAUUCAAUAUGCCCAAGCUGGGAUACCCAUCUUUACAUUUUCAGGCAGACUGAAAAAAUAUUUUGUCACAUUCUGCAAAUGUAACGAAUUAGCCCACGUAUAGUUUGUAUGAGUUUUUUUAGCUGUAUUGUUUCUCACCUGAUGCCAGGGUAUCCUGAUUACUGGCCUGGGACAUGCUGGAGUAACACAUGACUUGAGCAGCCCUGUUUGUCAUUCCCCAUUAGCUGUAAAAUAUAGACCAUCAUGGUGCUUCUACUCGCCUGGGUACUCACACAUGCAUUAGCUGGUUUGUGGUUAUCACUGUGGUGAUUUUAGCGCUGCGUGAUCAAUGAGUGUUGUAUUUAUGAUCUCCCUCGACCACAAAUAGGUUAAAGCUUUCUCAAAUUACUGUAAAUAUUCACAGCGCCCUUUUCCCUUGUUGCCUAACUGUAUAAAUCAUUCUGUUUCUGUCACUCACUGCUAACUGACUGAAUUUGACUUUCUCAUGUGCAUACCCAGUUACUUCUGCUUACCUGCUGUUUUUCUUUUACAAGCUAUGACGAGUCCACGGAUUUCAUCCUUACUUAUGGGA